AUGUCGUCUGCCUUUCCUGUGCAGAACGAGGCCUCGGUGGCUGCGUUUGCUUUUGGCAUCACUUUCACACUUGCCGCGGUGCCGCUCUUUUCUCUAUUCCGCGGUCAUGGCAUUCGAGUCUUUCGGGACGGCCUGAGGCUGGCCCUCACCACAUUCUUUUCCAGCGCUGCCCUCUGGGCUCAUGUCGGAUUCGUCACCAUUCUCCUCGACCCUACUUCCCGGAUUGGCUGUCAGGUCAUCAUUGUUUUCGCUUCUCUCUUCGAUCAACUCGCCCGUUUUGCCGUGUUGCAGUACCUCGUGUGGGCCAUCAACCAGAACCAGGGGCUCAAAUCUUCCGCCGAUGCCUUUAUCCCGCAGGCCCUCCUCGCCCUUCGUUUUAUUGUUGGCGCCGUCUACGUUGGCUUUCAGCGGCCCCAGCUCGGCUUGGUUUGCCAGACACGUACCGAAUGGAUGGCCGUUGGCAUCACCGUUGCUGCCACCGACGCAGUCCUCUUCGCCGUUCUCCUCCUCCGAGCUUUCCUCACUGGCCAUGCUGAUAAUGCCCGCAGCGGUGAGCCUGGCGCGCGGCGAAGCAAGGCCAUUUUCCAUGUCAUCUCCGGCUUUGCUUUGUGGACUGGGGCCAGUGUCCCGAUGUUCUUGGGUAUGGAGACAAUGGGUCUAGCCCUGCGAACGGCUCUUCCUGCAGGUGCUCUGUCCAUUCUUCUCGUCCUCGUCUCCCUGUCCGUGGACCAUCUAGCUCUCUCUAGAUCCGGUCCCUCGACGCUAGCUCAAGAUACGCCGCCAUCUGACGGAACGGCAACCCACCACCGAGAUCUCUCGUCCGAGUCCAGUUUCCCCCCAAGCCGUUUUGAAGAACUGAAAGCGGGAAACACUACCUUCGCUACUGCAUAUCCUGAAGGACGAUCAGUCGUUGGAGGAGGAUUCGGCGCAAAUGGGACUUUUGGCGCCGCCGCAGGCAUAACUACUACCACUGUUGUAGGAGCGGGAACGAAAGAAAUUCCCGCUCAAGCUCGACAAAGCCGUUUGGCCCUUGCCCGAGAGCAACAGCCGACGAAGCCCAAGAGGGGCAUCUUCAGCCGAAAAAGCUCCGCAGCGACCGCAACCUCCGGGCAAUUUGUCAUUUCUAACCCUAUCGUACAGCAGUCAACAAAUGAGGACAGCCCUUUCCGCAAGAUCGUCACCGUUGAUCUUGCCACUGCAGCGAAGAACGAGCGGGAGCGAAGGGACAUGGCUGCCCUACAAAAUCCCGACAGUCUCAUUGCCCAGCGCCCGGCCCCUCAACCUCCUGCGAUCACCCGUGAGGAGAUCAUGCGAAGAAAUCACAGCAUUAAGCGCAAGCAGAUCGCUCCCCAGCCUUCAGAAGAUUCCCUAUUGUCGGCAAGCCCGGCAACAGCCACCUCGACACAACUCUCCCCCGGCGUGGAGCAAAUUCGCAGACGAUCUCCUCGCCAGUCGCCAAAGGACUUUUUCCCUGUGGAAGAACAGGAGAUGCCGCUAACGGCUCUUCAACAUCCGCGUGUGGCCCCUCCCAUACCCAUACAAGAAGCUCGCACCGAAGCGCAGCCAUCCGAACCUGCUGAGGUGAUGGUGCCAGUACCUGCUGCUAACCGGCAAACCAUCACAAGCCAGCAAGCUGUGAUGGGUGCAGCCGUGAAGUCCGCAGCUGACCCUCCUACUCCGCCCAGGCGUCCUUCUCAGCCGUCUGCCGUGCGAUCGUCCCCUCCACGGCCGCCGAGCCGGCCCGGGUCUCCUACUCGGCCAGACUUACCUACUACGUGGCCCAGGCAGCCGUCCGUUCGCGCUACUAUCCGUCCCUCGAGAACACAGCCGUCCGCCGCUCAAAGGGCUGAACCAAGCGCGUCCUCCCAGCGGCCCCAAACAAUGCGACCUGCCGUGGGGCUGCCCUCGAACCCGAGGGCCCAGAGCAUGAAGGCUUUUGUGGAAAAGAAUGCGGCGACCCACCCGACGGUAUUGUUCAUCAACAAGAUCCAGUAUGAUCAUCCUGAUGUUGUGCAGAACAUCAUUUCCGAGGCAACAGCGACGGAACAGAAGGCCUUUCCACCUCCCGCAGCCGGUCAGUCAACACAGGAACCGCAACAGAGGGAGUCGAUUCUUCAUCGGCCCAGGCCCAUCCCACGACAACCCGAGAAGGACCGUCAGCUGUUCCCAUCCGAGCAGUUUAUCACCAGGCACCAGAGGUCACGCUCCGGUGGCUCCCUCAUCAGUGGGAAGUCCAUACUGCGAUCCGAUCCGGGCAGCCCUACAAAGCUGCCACCGCUACCGCCCCCGCCGAAGACCGCAGGUGUCCCUGGCAGGCCACUUCCAAACGACACACGGAGCAUGACGUUCGAUGAGAAGAUGAGUUUCUUCUUCCCAGCACCACCCAAGAGCGAUACGGGUAACUCCGUGGCCAGAGACUCGAUCCCAGACGUGCCUCCCCUCCCUUCGGCUUAUAUGCCAGAAAGAAACAGAAAUCUCGUGGAGUCGUCAGCAGUCCGUAGUCCCACUCCCCGUCGGGCCCAGUCGAGAAAGUCGGAUGGCUCUACCAAAACGUCGGUCCGUACCUUGAGCAUCUUCGACAUUGAGCAACUCGCUCCACGGCUGACCGAAAAGGGCACUCGCUCCGUCUCCACGUUCGUUGCCGAUACGUAUGUGACCGCUGAAGGGAAUGGGAACGGGAAAAGCGAGCCCGGUAACGAUUCCAGGUUCGCGCGACCCAGGACGGCCGACAGCACCAAUCGAUCCGAAUGGUCCGAAGGGUCCAAGCGAAGGUCUUCUCAGGUGAUUCCAGGCCAACAAGGAUCAAUGUCCGAGUUUAGCGAUACCCAUACCCGCGACGAAGAGACGACCACGCAAUGGGGAUCUAUUCAUUCACCGGUUGUCGCCGUCAACAUCAAAGAGGCACGAUGUGUUCCCAAAUCAAUGUAUAUACAGCAGCACCCUGACAUUGACCGCGAGGCCCGGAACCCCUCGACUCCGGACUCGACCGACUGUGAAGGAGUCGUGACUGUCAUGCUUGAUACUGGUGCCCAGGGCAAUAGUCAUAAUACACCUGUCCCGAGGCGGCUAGUCGAACCGAAAGUCAACGACGGUUCCGCCUCUACCGGUUCUCACCAAACCGGCUGGCAUCACCGCGUGGGAGACGAAUGCGCAACGUUCUCGGCCAGGAAGGAGAGGGUCGUUUCGCGAAGGAUGCCGCCACCGACGCCGCUCUUACUUAACAUGACGAGCAGCAAUGCCUACGUGAUCCGGGCCGCGGAGCCUUCCCCUCUGGACUCACCGCAAGAGGCAUAUGAGGCAAUCCAACGACAGCUCAAGGACCUUGAAGAGGCCAGCCGCAUGUCGGUUGGAAGCGAUGGCCAAAAGAUUCGCCUGCUAGAAAGCCUCGAGCGCGAGAUGGGCCAGCAAGAGAACCAAUGGCACGAAAUGCAAAACGGCCUGGGUCGGAAUUCUAUCUCGACCGUCGAGACGACAAGCCGAGGUCCCUCAAGGCCUACGUCCAAUGCCAAUAUCUGGGCCGUCCUUUCCCCUUUGUCUCGUACUCGAUCAUUGGCGCCGCCGCCUAGGGCGGAUUCCGCAACGCUCGGAGUGUCCAUGCGCUCAGAUACUCUGCACCCGGCGAGCUGGCAGCACAACCUUGCUCUGGCCCAGUUGAAGGACCAUGCGGAACACCUGCAUCCGCUCUCGGCUUCUAGCCACCUCAAGGUCUUCUCUGUUUCCAGGGCUCAAUUGUCAAGUCCCACACCGCCAGACACGGACGAGUCGGACGAGUCAGACGGCGAGGACAACGAGGACCUUAUCCGAGUAAAGGCGAUCCUGAGCCGCAGAGAUGCCCCAGUGGCCAGACUCUGGAUUCCCAAAACGAGCCAUGUCCCAGAUCCUACUAGACGAUGCUUGCUGUGGAGCCCGGCACCGGAGGGACCAGUCAAGCCUGUUGCUCCGGCAGAGCUUCGCGCUUUGUCUCUUCGACCAGCUGUUCGCAAGAUCCUCGAGCCUCUAGCCAUUGCCAGUUCCAACCUGUGGAUGCCCAACCGUGCAGUCUCAAUCAAGCCGCGUGCUGUCACCAUUGGCCUCUGGAGAGGAGCUCCGAUUCCGACUUCCUCCCAGACUCCCGCGCCGGCGGCUAAACCUCGCCCGGUUACCCAACGCCCGCCGCGUCGCAGCAAACGGAUUACGUUCCUUCCUGACAUCCCCGAGAGCCCCAAACCGUUGCCCAACAAGCGAGAUACUCUAGGGAUCUUCCGGUUUCCAUGGGGCGAGGUUUCUGACGAGGCCACUGUUCAGAUGCGGCCAGCAAGCAACAUUCUGAUGGCCAUGCCGGGCACCAUGUCCAGUGGUGGCGGACGAAUGAUGAUGAGGUCCGCGCCCAGCGUCUACGAUGAGUCGUCAUACUUCGACGACGAAUACGACGAGGGAGAUGAUGACGACGCCAUCUCUGAGAUCAAUGAGAACAGUGAUGACGAUGACUUUGACGAGACGACACUCUGGGAGAUUGCGAACCUCUUGAAAACGAACCAAAUCCCGUCCAAGAAUAGCCUGUUGCCCCCUAGUGACUAUGCUCUUCUUUCAUCGCCGGGAGAAUUUGGGUUUGACUUGUCUGACUACGAUGAGGACGAUGAAGUAGAUGAGACCGAGGAGGAAGAGGAGGAGGAUAGUGUGGAGUUCCAUCAUGACUCGAACACCAUCGAGUUUGAUGUGAAUGCUUUCCCUCGGCCCCCUCGCCCUUCAGCCCUGUGGGACGGCAACGCACAACAAGCUCCUUCUUCUCUCAGCCUCGGUCUGCCCCAGCCUGACAUGGAUACCUGGAAAGGGUACGUGGUCACAGCGGCGAAUGCUGUGGUGCGUCAUCAGUAUCAAAACACCGAGCCUUCACUCAUCCACAGCGACUCUUUGUGGACCUUGCCGGUGAGCCAACAAUCCGCCGUGACCGAGGCAUCUGAUGUGCUUCUAUGGAGCGCACCGCAGCCAGAUUCGGCAAAUACAAGCACAAAGAAACCCUCGCUCUGGACAGCCCCAAUGUCCAUCGUGGCUGACGAGUCUGAGGGACUUUUUAGCGCUAAUCACAAGCGGGUUGACCACCCAUCGACUACUGCUGAGCCCGCGGCUUGGCAUUUGAUUCGCAAGCCCCGUUUGCUGGACGAGCCUCUCGCCCGUCUGCCUCUUUUCUCCAGGCUUUGGGACAAGCCACAGCCUGCUGCCGAUUCUCCCUUUUGGAUUGCGGGCGUUUCCCCCUCGACUACCAACGAGGCUGUCGAACUGCCACUGCAGAUGCGGUUCAAUCUUUGGGUCGCUCCUGUCCGAGACUCAACCGAAGAACCUCGAGGCCUCUUCAGCCCCACCCAGAAGCGCGUGGACUACCGGACGACAUGUUCUGAGCCCGUUGGUCUCCAGGUUGUUCUGAGGAAGACUCGAGUAAUGGAGGAGCCACUCCAGGAGCUGUCAUUAUCUUCACAGCUUUGGACCAGACCGACUGCGCUUACCAGUGAACUUCCUGCUCACACGCCUCCUCUCCGGGAUGCCGUUGCUGCAGUCGUCACCUCCGCUUUCAGUGAGAAGGCGACUUUGUCGAUUUCUUCGGUAAUACCCAGACCCAGUGUUCUUUGGGCGAGUCCCGCUGUGAUGGAUGUCCCGGAGCCGAAAGGGCUCUUCCAGCCCGGCUCUGGACGUACUGUCUUCCGAACAACGUCUGCCGAACCUGCUGCCCUGCACAUGCCCCGAAAGUUGCGACUUACCGAGGAGCCUCUCCAUGAGUUGCCGAGUUCAUCUUGGCUCUGGAACCAACAACAGCAGGCUGACGUCAAGCUGCGAGGCACCUCUCGAGGUUUGUGGAGCGCACCCGAGGUUACAGCCUCCACGACGAAUGAGUCAGACAUCGGACAAGACAGCUCAACAUCGGCAUCGCUGUGGACUGCGCCCGCCGAAAGCAUUUCGGAAGACUACGAGGGCCUCUUCCAAGCGGCCCGCAGGGGAACCACUUGCCGGACCACGUCCGCGGGACCAGCUGCUUUGGACAUGAUCCGUAGGCCCCGUGCCUAUGAAGAUCCUCUUCCCGAGUUGACGUCUACUUCACUCUGGACCGCCGGGGCCAUGGGUUCGUACGAGUACGACUGGAUCAGCAUUGCCUCGGUUGGUCUUCAGAGCCCGUCUUAUGCCUCCUCAUCUGGCCAGAGCUCCCCUAUUUCCGAAACAGCGUCCAUGAAAACCACCUCGACCAGGGCGUCCUCAAUUGUUCCUCCCCGACAGCAUGUGUCCUUGAUCCACGGUUCUACAAGCACCAAGCCGCAACCUGCUGGCAGGCCGGAAACCAACCGCGGCACCAGACUCUCGAUCCUCCCUGAGCAGCCUGAGCUACAGUUCACACUUGCCGCGCCGCCCACCAGUGUCCAUUCUACCAACAAAGUGGCGACACCUCCUCCCAUCCGGCGCCAGUAUCGGCCUCUUCUUGCCUACCGUGCCGACUGGGAUGCCGCUCUCCAAGAAGCCAUCAACGCAUCUCGUCGCGUCAGGCGGGGUGAGACCACAUCCGCUGACGGGAUCGCAGCGUUGAAAGAGGCCAUUGCGGCUGGGGCCAAGGCCAACACUGUCACUACCCUUCUCCCUAGCGCCCUGCCCACCCGGGGACUCUGGACAAAGCCCGUGUCUCGGACACCAGCCAUCCCCAGUCUGUUAUGGUCUAGUCGUCCAUCGUCCAAGUCCUCGUCCCCUUCAGCGAACCCGGUGGGAAGCGAAGCCGAGGAUGCAGAAGCUCAUCAGCUGCGACGCAAGCGCUUCAAGGCCAGGAUUCCUAGCAAUGGAAAGACCGUGAUCCGCGGUCAGAUAGUCGCCAUCGAGGGGGGUGUCGAUUCCGCCCUCGUCGGCUUGGUGGACGUGCCCGGCCAACGGCUGUGGAACAGGUGUGAGGGCGUGGAGCGCAGGAAGCGCGCCGUAUGCGGAAAGGAUACGAACUGGUUGGACUCUCGUAAGCAGCUUGCGCGGUUUUCCAAGGUGGUGUUUCGGUACUGA